AAAUAGCCCCCAACCCGGAAGUCUUUGUGCAUUUCGAGAUGGCGGCAAACGAAGGGAAUCACAAGCGGCCGCUGGAGGAGGAUCCCAUCGUGUCUUUAGCCGACGUUCUGGAGGAGAAUGAAGAGCUGGAGAACGAAGCCUGCGCCGUUUUAGGCGGUAGCGACUCCGAUAGAUGCUCGUAUUCGGACGGCUAUGUGAAGAGACAGGCAUUGUAUGCUUGCAAUACUUGUACACCAAAGGGAGGACAGCCUGCUGGCGUCUGUCUAGCUUGUAGCUACAAGUGUCAUGAAGGCCAUGAGCUGUUUGAAUUGUACACUAAAAGAAACUUUCGUUGUGAUUGUGGGAACAGCAAGUUUAAUAAUCUGCAGUGCAAGUUUUUCUCGGAAAAAGAAAAAGCAAAUUAUGGCAAUAAAUAUAAUGACAAUUUCUUCGGACUGUACUGUAUCUGCAAGAGGCCUUAUCCGGAUCCUGAGGAUGAGACCCCUGAUGAAAUGAUUCAAUGUGUCGUCUGUGAAGACUGGUUCCAUGGAAGGCAUCUUGGCGCUGCUCUGCCAGAUAAUGAAGAGUAUCAGGAAAUGGUAUGCCGGAGCUGUAUGAAGAGAUGUUCAUUUCUUUGGGCCUAUGCAACACAUGUGGCAGUGACCAAAGCAUCGGAUGUUGGUAACAGUGGAUCACUGACCAAAGUGGAGGAUGGCAUUGUUGAUGUGUGUGCAAUACAUGAGAACGGAGAUUCACAUAACCAGAAGACAACAGCUUGUGCAAUGAAAUGUGACGACACUGCAGCCAAACACAACGAACCCUCUACAAGCUGCAAAGUUGAGGAGAAACCCAAGGCAGCCAAUGGUGAUGAAGCAAGUUGCAGCGUGAAGGAGGAUACAGCUGCAGAGAACACUGGCUGUAAACUGCAGCAGGUGAAGAGAGGUGAAUUGCAGAGAGACUGUGCCACUUACUGGCCUCUUAACUGGCGCAACAAGCUGUGUACCUGCCAGUCCUGCAUGAACCUGUAUAAAGAACUAGAAAUCACCUUUCUGUUGGACGAGUUUGAUACGGUGCUGGCUUAUGAGAAUAAAGGCAAAACUGUUGAAGAGACUGAUGGGGAGAAAUGUGAUCCAUUAAUGACUGCCCUGAGCAACAUGAAUAGAAUCCAGCAAGUUGAACUCAUUUAUGAAUACAAUGAUUUAAAGUCUGAACUGAAGGAUUAUCUGAAGAGGUUUGCAGAUGAAGGAAAGGUGGUUACAAGUGAAGAUAUACAGCACUUUUUUGAAGAGCUUCAGUCAAAGAAGCGGCGGCGUGUGGAUGGAAUGCAGUACUUUUGCAGUUAAAGCAUAGACUAAAGUACAGAUUACAGCCCCGAAUAGAAACCAUUGAUUGCUCAGAUCUAAAGAAGAAGAAAUGGGUUCUCAAUAAUAGCAAUUUAAAAUUAACUAGUUGGCCUUUUCUUUUUGCCUCUGUUUCGUAUAAAGUUCACUUCUACAGCAGCAGAGAAAAUUGUUUGUGCAGGAGCAUUAGUAGAGAAUUUAAAAUACUGGUACAUGUUUUAUAUAGUGAGGAUAAAAUACCCAAAGAGAUGUAGAACUGAGUUUAAUAAUGGAAAUGAGUGGCUUGUAUGAUAUGCACAUUGUGAUUUUAAACUGCUUUUAAACAAUCUUGUCUGUAAUAAACUUUGCUCAAAUAGGACAUGGACAGUUCUAUCUCAGUUAGCAUGACUGGGACAUUCCUUGGGCUAUCACAUUGCACUCCCUCCCAAAGCAUAACUUAUCUUGGUAACUCCGGUAAGCUUUGACAGCUGCAGUGUGGCAGAUAUUGAACAUCAAACUAUGUACCAGCAGAAAAUUAAAAUUUUUGUCCAACUACCUAUUUAAAACUACUACCACCAAGCGGAGGGAUAGUUCAGUAAACUAAAUGUGCAUUUAGAAAUUGUAAAUGAAGAUUUAUGUUAAUAGUGGAUUGGACCCCUUUGGAUAUGGUGGUGAUGCAAGCAGAUCUGGCAACCAACAGCUUGUUUACUGUGAACCAGACACUUACAGAACUGCUACUUCUGGUUUAGGACUGCAGUAAAUGCAUUAAUGUAAAAGGAAUGCUUGGUACAGAAAAUGUUUCUUUUAAAAUAAACUAGAAACUGGUAUCCCAUUCUACAUGUGCUUUGUCAAUGUAAGGGCAGUGUCUACUUAUAGUACUAUGUUACCUGCAAACAUUUAAAUCCAACGUUGAUGUCAGGUAGAAAUCCUGUAUCUUCCAAAUUUGGUCAUCACCUGAGCAAUUCUGUAUUUAAGCUGAAACUAUGUUCUAUAAAUUACUUUCUCAGUUAAAUGUAUUUUGUUUCCACAGCCUGUACAGGUUAUAACAAACAUGGUAUUGGUUUUUGCAUUGUCUAAUGGCUUUGCUUCAUUAAAUUCUGUUUAAAUAUUUUAAUGCAGCUUCUUCAACUUUGAAUCUGUAAAGUUGACUGUAAUGUCUUAGCUGAUCUACUUCGUUACUAAUGCUCACUAGAGAAAGAUGGGAACAGCAAAUAAAAACUUUGGUUACUUUG